CCUGCGGAGAUGGCGGGCGGGCACUGCGGCGGCUUCGCCGCGGCGGCGGCGGGCAGCGGCGAGAUCGUCCAGCUGAACGUGGGGGGCACCAGAUUUAGUACCUCAAGACAAACUCUUAUGUGGAUUCCAGAUUCUUUUUUUUCCAGUUUACUGAGCGGAAGAAUUUCAACACUUCGAGAUGAAACUGGUGCUAUAUUUAUUGACAGAGAUCCGGCAGCAUUUGCACCCAUCUUAAAUUUUCUUCGGACAAAAGAACUAGACCUAAGGGGAGUGAGUAUCAACGUUCUCAGGCAUGAAGCUGAGUUUUAUGGAAUCACUCCGUUAGUAAGAAGGCUUCUCUUAUGUGAAGAAUUGGAGCGCUCAUCUUGUGGCAGUGUCCUUUUUCAUGGUUACUUGCCUCCACCAGGUAUUCCUAGUCGUAAAAUAAACAACACAGGUAGAUCCUCUGCUGAUUCUAGGAAUGGACUAAACUCCUCAGAAGGUGAAGCCCGGGGAAAUGGCACACAGCCUGUUCUUUCUGGAACUGGAGAAGAGACUGUUAGGUUAGGAUUUCCUGUGGAUCCACGAAAGGUGCUAAUAGUAGCUGGCCAUCAUAACUGGAUUGUAGCUGCAUAUGCCCAUUUUGCUGUAUGUUACAGAAUCAAAGAAUCUUCAGGAUGGCAACAAGUGUUUACAAGCCCAUAUUUGGAUUGGACAAUCGAACGAGUAGCUUUAAAUGCAAAAGUGGUUGGAGGUCCACAUGGAGACAAAGACAAAAUGGUUGCUGUUGCCUCAGAGAGUAGCAUCAUCCUUUGGAGUGUUCAAGAUGGUGGAAGUGGAAGUGAGAUUGGAGUGUUCAGCCUUGGCGUUCCUGUAGAUGCUCUCUUCUUCAUUGGUAACCAGUUGGUGGCUACAAGUCACACAGGGAAAGUGGGAGUGUGGAAUGCUGUCACUCAGCACUGGCAGGUUCAAGAUGUUGUUCCUAUAACUAGCUAUGACACUGCUGGGUCAUUCCUUCUACUGGGAUGUAACAAUGGAUCAAUAUAUUACAUAGAUAUGCAGAAGUUCCCUUUGCGGAUGAAGGACAACGAUCUUCUGGUGACAGAACUGUAUCACGACCCCUCAAAUGAUGCUAUCACUGCUCUCAGUGUUUACCUCACACCCAAAACAAGCGUCAGUGGUAACUGGAUCGAGAUUGCCUAUGGUACGAGCUCUGGAGCAGUGCGAGUGAUUGUCCAGCACCCAGAGACAGUUGGAUCAGGUCCUCAGCUUUUUCAGACUUUCACAGUUCAUCGAAGUCCUGUUACAAAAAUCAUGCUGUCAGAGAAGCAUCUCGUAUCAGUCUGUGCCGAUAAUAACCAUGUCCGGACAUGGACAGUUACACGAUUCAGAGGAAUGAUCUCUACUCAGCCAGGUUCUACUCCCUUAGCAUCAUUCAAAAUAUUGUCUCUGGAGGAGACAGAAAGCCAUGGUAGCUACUCUUCUGGAAAUGACAUAGGCCCCUUUGGAGAGAGAGAUGAUCAACAGGUGUUUAUUCAGAAAGUUGUUCCCAUCACCAACAAGCUAUUUGUGAGACUCUCAUCGACUGGGAAAAGAAUAUGUGAGAUCCAAGCUGUUGACUGUACUACAAUAUCCGCAUUUACAGUGCGAGAAUGUGAAGGAUCCAGUAGGAUGGGCUCAAGGCCACGGCGCUACUUGUUCACAGGCCAUACAAAUGGCAGCAUUCAGAUGUGGGAUCUGACCACUGCUAUGGAUAUGGUUAGCAAAAGUGAAGAUAAGGAUGUAGGUGGUCCAACUGAAGAAGAGCUGCUCAAAUUACUGGACCAGUGUGAUCUCAGCACUUCUCGCUGUGCUACUCCUAACAUCAGUCCAGCAACUUCUGUGGUUCAGCAUAGCCGCCUCCGAGAAUCAAAUUCUAGUCUUCAGCUUCAGCACCAUGAAACCAUCCAUGAAGCAGCUACUUAUGGUUCCAUGAGGCCUUACAGAGAGAGUCCUUUGUUAGCAAGGGCAAGAAGGACUGAGAGCUUUCACAGUUAUAGAGACUUCCAGACUAUUAAUUUGAACAGAAAUAUAGAAAGAGCUGUCCCUGAAAAUGGUAACUUGGGCCCGAUACAAGCUGAAGUGAAGGGGGCACCAGGGGAAUGCAAUGUAGCUGAGAGAAAGUCUCCUGGAACAGAAAUUAAAAGUUGGAGAGACUCGGAUAGUGGAUUGGAAGCACCUAAAAUAGCGGAAGGGUUUUCAGAAUCCAAAAAAAGGUCAUCAGAAGAUGAAAAUGAGAACAAAGUGGAGUUAAGGAAGAAAGGAGGAUUUGAAGGGGGAGGAUUCCUUGGGAAAAAGAAAGUUCCCCAUCUGGCAUCGUCACCAAGCACUUCUGAUGGAGGAACAGACUCACCAGGUACUGCGUCCCCAUCUCCCACAAAGACCACUCCCUCUCCUCGGCAUAAAAAAAGUGACUCUUCAGGUCAGGAAUACAGCUUGUGAAACUCUCCGAAGGAAUUCUUUUGCAGAAUUUACGUGGAAGUUGUAACUACCCUGGAUUUCAGUACAUUAGUUUUUACACCAAAACUUCACAACAUUGGACUUCAUUUAGUUAGUAUCUUUUUAACAGAAUUCCCUGGAAUAAAGAGAUAGAAUAACCAUGUCUCUUUUAAAGUUUUGGAAAUGUUUUUUGGCUUUAGUUUUACAUUUAACAGAUCAUUUGUAAAACAGGAAUCCACUUAGCAUUUAACUGUUCUUUGGAAACAUAGAACCAUUCUUGAUAGGAUGCUGCCCACAUAGAUGAGUGUCACCUUGGGGCAUGAGAACCAACAGACUGCAUUCCUCUCCUUGGUUAUGCCUGAGACUUGUCUUGCAGUGUUACCUUAAGUGAGUCACAAAGUUGUCUUUGGAACGUGGCCUCUCCACCCUUACUGUGAUUGAAAAGUGUUUACCAGAUAUUUGAUGAGGUGCUAUGUCUGUGAAAAAAUAAAAUCAUGUAAUUCAAAAACACUAUAGACAUUGAAUACCAGACUCCACUGUAUAGUUAGUCCUUUAGGAUGAUUUUAUUUAACUGUGGGUCAUUUUCUGAUUAUUGUUGUUGGGAGUUCUUAAAUCUUAGCAAGCAUCACCAAUAUUAGAUGUCAAAAGUUUAAAUAAACUUGAAAAAGUUGGAGCAAUUUGUGUGUUUGAAAAGGUGAAAUAAAAAUAAUGAUCAAGGGCAAAGCUUUGUGUGCUUAGAAGGAAAAACUGGACCAUUACUGAUCAGCCGUGUUUUGGAAGCUACCAUAUAUACUUUUUCAGUGUUAAUAAUCAAGAUAAUGGUGACCAUUUUGAUGCAUUCAUGGAUUUUUGGUUAAAGGUUUUGGCUGUGUAAAAAGUGUUAUUUUGACUUUUAAGAGCAGAAGAAGUUUUUAUACUUUUCCCAUUUAAUUUUCAAGUUUCUGCAAAUAAUAUUGUAAAUUUAAAGCAUUAAGCAUUUAUUGGUGAAUAAUGUAUAUAGUCCCAUUCCAAGAAAUAUGAGUAAGUGAAGUUGAAAUAAAUUCUUUGAAGUUUACUAUA